CUAUCCGGGGAUAUCAGUUUACAGAAAACUAUUUAUAAGUGCGUUACUCCAUUGCUGCGCAAUUGACAUUUAACUUUCACCAAGUAAAAUAAUUAUUAAAUUUUGAAUAUUUAAACAAAUAAAUUUUAAAAUGGCAACCGUGAGUUUUAAAGUUUAUAUGUAUCAUGAAGCUGAUACUGCAAACCAAGAAAUACGUCGUUUUGGUAUCGAUGCAGACGUUGUGACAAAUUAUCUUUAUUUACGUGAAAAAUUGCAGAGUAUAUUUCCUAACAUACGGGGAAAACGGUUUGAAAUUUACUGGAAAGAUGCUGAUGGUGAUGACGUGAUAAUUUCAAGUGACGAAGAAUUGCAGAUCGCCUUGAACGAGACAGGACAGGAUUCAGUUCGCAAACUUUACGUAAAACUGAGAUCUGAUUAUUCGUUUUCGGAACCAGAAGCUGCUGAGUCAUCAAAUGUUUUGCAUCCUGGAAUAUCUUGCGAUGGAUGUAACGGAGUAGUACGGGGUUAUCGAUUCAAAUGCGUCCAAUGUCCGGACUAUGACCUUUGUUCAAAGUGUCAUGCUCAAGGAAUUCAUGCUGAUCACUGCAUGUUGCGCAUCGUUACUCCGGUUGACUGGAAAGCUCAUCAUGGAAGACGUCUGUCGCGUCACAUGAAUAAAUUCGUUCGCAAAAACUUUAUUCCAGUUGACGAGUGUGAAGAACCAGCGGGAGCUUGUGCUGACGCUGGUAAUUCAUCUAAGAAAUGCCCGAGAUCUCAACGACGUCGUCAUUGUCCAGUUUCAGAUGCAGCAUCUGCUGCCGCUUCUGCAGCAGCUGCUGCUGUCGCUACUGAUGCCGGUGGUUGGAUUGACUCACUUGCGGCUUAUCUCAAUGAUUGGGCAAAUAUUCCUGCUGACUGUCCCAUGAAGAAAAAUCCUUUUGAAAAACCUACCGAGGCACAAGAAGCCAACGAGCAGCCUAAAGAACCUAAAGAACAGCAGCAACAAAACCAACCAAAAGGUCCAGACGCUAGAAAAGAUCCUCACAUUGAACUUUUUAAAUUAGUGGGACAGAACUUAUCACAAUUUUUGGACCCACUUGGUAUUGAUGUUAAUUUUCAAAUAAAGACUAAUGACACUCCUGCUUCUGCUGCUACUGGAGCUGGAAAAGCUGAUGAUUCGACUCAAGCUGGAUCUUCUGCUAAAAAUAAUGAGAAACCACGAAGUCCAUCACAGACUCCGACAACACCAGCGAAUUCAGCGACUCCGUCACGGCCUAAAACACCUGAGCAAGUGGUCGCUGACAAAAGUAGUCCUGGCAAAAGUACUUCCAGCACAUCCAGUGACAAUGAAAAUGAGUUGGAUUGGACUGUUAUCAAAGAGGUCACUCCAGAACCUAAAGAACAGGCAAAGCCCUCAGCUCCCCAAGAGUCAUCACCGUCAUCAUCAAAGUCUAUUUAUCCAGAGCUACCAAAAGUAACUCCAGUUUUCUAUCACUCAGACCCGAAAAUCCAAAAGGCUGUCGAAGCCAUGAUCCAGAUGGGAUUUUCAAACGAAAACGGAUGGCUCACUAAUCUCUUGGUCACCAAAGAAGGUGACAUCGUUCGCGCUCUUGAUGCUCUACAACGUCGCUGAUUGUACUCAUGCACUUUUUACUCAUACGUAAUAUCUAUUAAAUACGUACAUACAUAAUACGUAAUACAUACGUAGAUGUGACUGAUCAAAUCGCAUUCCCGUUUGUUAAAAGAAUUUUACUUGUCACUAUGCACAUCUUAUUGUAUCCUUGAAUGUAGUAGGCACCAAUAAACUAUUGAAGCAUCA